AUGGCCGCAGAAAAGAAUACCAUCACGUACAGCCAGUUUGCCUGCAUCGGCACUGGCUUCUCGGGCAUCGGCCUGGGCGCGACCCUGAAGCGAUGGUACAACAUCUCCGACGUGGUGCUGUUUGAGCGCGAGAGCAAGCUGGGCGGCACAUGGCUCAUCAACCAGUAUCCAGGAUGCGCUUGUGACAUCCCUGCACCGCUGUACAGCUUCUCCUUUGAACCCAACGGCGAAUGGAACGCGCUCUUCAACGUGCAGACCGACAUUCUCGGCUACCUGGCCAACGUCGCGGAAAAGUACGACCUCGUGUCCAAGAUGCGCUUCAACUCGACCGUCGAGCGCUGCGAGUGGAACGAGGCCCGCGCCCGCUGGCGCAUGGACGUUCGCGACAACAAGACCGGCACCGUCUUCUACCACGAGUGCAAGUUUCUCUUCAGCGGCGUCGGCCAGCUGAUCCAGCCGCGCAUCCCCGACUUCCCCGGCAUCGACACCUUCCGCGGCGACAUGUUCCACGCCGCGCGCUGGAACCACGACGUGUCCGUCAAGGACAAGAACGUCGUCGUCGUCGGCAACGGCUGCACGGCCAACCAGAUCGUGCCCGCCAUCGUCCGGGACACCAAGUCGCUGACGCAGAUUGUGCGCUCCAAGCACUGGAUCGUCAAGCCGCCGCUGAUGCCCAACGUGCGCCUCAUGAGCUUCCUCUUCCGCAAGAUCCCCGGCCUGCUCAAGCUGAUGCGCCUGGCCAUCUGGCUGGCGCUGGAGAACUCGUGGCGCGCCUUCUAUGCGACGAGCUACGCCGCCGCCCUGCGCAAGGGCGCCGAGGACACCACGCGCGCCUACAUGAAGGAGCUCGCCCCGGCCAAGUACCACGACAUGCUCAUCCCCGACUUCCCCAUCGGCUGCAAGCGCCGCAUCUUCAACCCGGGCUACCUCGAGUCCCUCAACGAGGAGAAUCUCACACUGACGGACAAUGCCAUUCUCGAAAUCGUCCCCGAGGGCGUGCGCACAAAGGACGGCGUCAUCGAGGCCGACGUCAUUGCGCUCGCUACGGGGUACAUUACAAACAGCUUCCUGCCCCGCGUCCAAGUCGUCGGCAAGAACGGCGAGUCCGCCGAGGAGCACUGGAAAAAGACCAACGGCGCCGGAGCGUAUAAUACCGUAUUGCUCAGUGGUUUCCCCAACUUUUUCAUGAUUCUAGGCCCCAAUAGCGUCACCGGCCAUACCUCGACCGUUUUUGCCAUUGAGAAUGCCAUCAAUUACUCGCUGCGCAUCCUCAAGCCCGUGCUGGACGGCGAGGCCACCUCCAUCGACUGCUCGCAAGAAGCCGAGGACCGCUGGGAUCAGAAGAUACAAGACGGUCUGCAAAAGACGGUGUGGAAAGACGGCAACUGCGACAACUGGUACUCUCGCGAUGCCCAGGGGAAGCAGGCCCGCAACGCGUCGACGUAUCCCUUUACGCAGGGUCACUUUUGGUACAAGUGCGUCUUUCCAGACUACGAGGACCUGGCAUACACUCCCGCCCUCGACCGCCGGGCAAAGAAGCUCGGCCGCUACCUCAAGAUUGCCGCUCUUGCACUUGCGCUCUUCGCGUCUUUCAAGGCGGCACGCGCCGUCAGGGAGGACGGCCUCAAGAGUGUCGUCCAAGGCUACGCCAUCCAGGCUUUCAUCAAGUUUCACAUGCUUCGCAUGCGCGUCCGACAAGCCAUCGGCGCCAAAUAG